AUGGUAGCCAGCGAGGUAGCUAACCCGCGAAGAUCGGUUCCGAAAGCCGUCAGAUCUAUAUGGCUUCGUCUUGGGCUCUUUUACAUUCUCGGGAGUCUCAUGAUUACAUUGACGGUUGAUCCAACGAAUCCGAACUUGUUCGGACAGUCAGGAAGCAAUGCGUCGCCGUUUGUAAUUGCCUUCAAGGAUGCAGGCAUUCCCGUAAUGGCACACAUGACCAACGCUGUUAUCUUCAUUUCGAUGAUUUCUACAGGGAGUAUUUCCGGCUAUGGAGGCUCCCGGAUGCUCAUGGGAUUGUCGCAUGUGGGUAUGAAUCAUAAGAUUUUCGGCAUAGCAGAUCACAUUGGCCGUCCAUGGGCCGGCUAUAUUGCGACCAUCGGGAUAGGAGGCGCGCUCGCCUACAUCAACGUAUCCAACACCGGAGCUGAGGUCUUCCAAUGGCUAUCCAACCUAGUCUCACUCCUCACACUCUUCGGAUGGGGUAUGAUAUCUCUUUCUCAUCUACGAUUUCGAUAUAGCUGGAAGGUGCAAGGUCGAGAUGAGGCAUGCCUUCCCUGGAGGACAAGGUCAUAUCCCUAUGCCACAUGGUGGGCACUGAUCUGGUGUAUUGGAUUGAUUGGCCUGGAACUUUAUUUAAGUAUUUGGCCUCUGGGUGAAGCGACGAACGCUAAAAACUUUUUUGCGAACUUUAUCAGCGUCAUUGCUGUCGUUGUCAUCUGGAUCGGCGCGCAGAUUUGGUAUCGUGGCCGGCUUUGGGUGGAUGCAAAGGAGAUUGACCUUGAUAGGUGGCGACGCUUUUACGCGGAUGGGGUUGAUGAGGAGUCGACUGCGGCGAGGAGGUCUCUGAGUUGCAUCGGAUUCUUGAUGGUCGAGCCACGCUACGAUGUUAGCACUGGCUCGCAUGUGCUUGGAUAA